AUGCAGGCCAUUAAAUGUGUGGUGGUGGGAGACGGGUGAGUGACCCGAAUAUCUCUGUGUGGGGACAGACCGGCUAGCCAUCCUCUGCAUGUUACAUGUAUGACCGGCUAGCCAUACUCUGCAUGUUACAUGUAUGACCGGCUUGCCAUCCUCUGCAUGUGACAUGUAUGACCGGCUAGCCAUCCUCUCUCUACAUGUUACAUGUAUGACCGGCUAGCCAUCCUCUGCAUGUUACAUGUAUGACCGGCUAGCCAUCCUCUCUCUACAUGUUACAUGUAUGACCGGCUAGCCAUCCUCUGCAUGUUACAUGUAUGACCGGCUAGCCAUCUCUGCAUGUUACAUGUAUGACCGGCUAGCCAUACUCUGCAUGUUACAUGUAUGACCGGCUAGCCAUCCUCUCUCUACAUGUUACAUGUAUGACCGGCUAGCCAUCCUCUGCAUGUUACAUGUAUGACCGGCUAGCCAUCCUCUGCAUGUGUUACAUGUAUGACCGGCUAGCCAUCCUAUGCAUGUUACAUGUAUGACCGGCUAGCCAGCCUCUGCAUGUUACAUGUAUGACCGGCUAGCCAUACUCUGCAUGUUACAUGUAUGACCGGCUUGCCAUCCUCUGCAUGUGACAUGUAUGACCGGCUAGCCAUCCUCUCUCUACAUGUUACAUGUAUGACCGGCUAGCCAUCCUCUGCAUGUUACAUGUAUGACCGGCUAGCCAUCCUCUCUCUACAUGUUACAUGUAUGACCGGCUAGCCAGCCUCUGCAUGUUACAUGUAUGACCGGCUAGCCAUACUCUGCAUGUUACAUGUAUGACCGGCUAGCCAUCCUCUGCAUGUGACAUGUAUGACCGGCUAGCCAUCCUCUCUCUACAUGUGACAUGUAUGACCAGCUAGCCAUCCUCUCUCUACAUGUGACAUGUAUGACCGGCUAGCCAUCCUCUGCAUGUGACAUGUAUGACCGGCUAGCCAUCCUCUGCAUGUUACAUGUAUGACCGGCUAUCCAGCCUCUGCAUGUUACAUGUAUGACCGGCUAGCCAUCCUCUGCAUGUUACAUGUAUGACCGGCUUGCCAUCCUCUGAAUGUAACAUGUGUGACCGGCUAGCCAUCCUCUACACGUUACAUGUCCGUCUCUCUAUUUAUCCAUCCUCUACAUGUUACAUGUAUGACCGGCUAUCCAUCCUCUACAUGUUACAUGUAUGACCGGCUAGCCAUCCUGUGCAUGUUACAUGUAUGACCGGCUAGCCAUCCUGUGCAUGUUACAUGUAUGACCAGCUAGCCAUCCUCUGCAUGCCACAUAUUACAUGUAUGAACUGCUAUCCAUACCUUACAUAUUACAUGUCUGUCUAUCUAUCCAUCCAUCAUCUACACGUUAUAUGUAUGUAUGGCCAACUAUUCACCCCCUACAUGUUACAUGUCUCUCUCUAUCCAUCAUCUACAUGUUAUAUGUAUGUAUGGCCAACUAUUCAUCCCCUACAUGUUGCAUCCUAUCCAUCCUCUACCUGCCACAUAUUAAAUGUAUAACCCCUAUCCAUCUUCUGUAUGUUACAUAUUACAUGCUUGACCAGCUAUCUAUCCCCUACAUGUUACACAUAUGACCCAUUAACCACCCCCUACAUUACACCCAUAUAAAUACUUUAACAUGUAUCACAUGUAGCACACCCAUUGUAUGUAAUUCCAGAUAUAUAUAUAUAUAAUACAUUGACAUGCAUGGCACUUAGCACACUCAAACUGUUAAAACCCACAUACCUGUACACUAAUAGAUACUGGAGUCCGCUAGAAGCAUUUCCAAACAGUUUGACACUUAGCGGGGUCCCCCAGACGCCUCUGGUCCUACUUGUCAGAUAUAUCCGCAGCUAACGUUUUCCUUUCACAAGAGCUAUCCUUAGUGUUAGUUAGGUUGAGUUAAUGUCAUUAAUAGUAGUAACUUCACACUAGAUGUAUCAGAAAAGAGGGAACCCAGGUAAGUGAAAUUCUAAAGCUGUUUGACCACAUACUGUAGGAAGGCACCUGGGGACUCCUGGCACCAUAACUACUACAGGAUGUUCACUUGGGCUUUUAAUAACAAUAUAGAUUGGGCCUCAUUUCUUCUUGGCAUAUUGGAGUUUUAUUCAUUAUAGAGUGAGUUGCAGAUAAUUGGAAAACCAGCUGCAAACUUUAAGUCAAGCUGUAACGAUAAGAGAUUUACGGUUAAAUGUUUCGAAUUCUGCUAUCUUGUUAUUAUUAUUAUUAUUAUUUAUAUAGCGCCAUAGCGCUGUACUGGUUUCCUGUUCACUGUUUAGUGAUUAGAACUCAUUGUAUCCUACGUAGAUUUAAUUAGGCAAUCUUUAUAUAUUCAUACACCGAAUACACAUUCACUGCUUUACAUUAGAUUUAAAGGGACACUUUCACAGGCACAAUGUGACGUUUGUCAGAUUACAAGUAGUUAUAAUUUAACAGUCACAUUUAUUAGAGAAUAAUCGAGCUCUCUUGACUCUGGUGAACAUAAAAUAAUCCUGAUUUUCACUACACCCAAAUGUCUUUAUCCCCCAUACACACAAAACAAACUUUGUGGGAUAAACACAAAUGAAUAUGGAAUAAAUAUACAGAGAAUGUAUUCAGCUUGUAUUUUUUUUGUGUGUGGAUAUUUUAAUAACUAUUUUUGCUCCACGAGUCCACAAGUCGCCUAAAAUUUCCCAUAACAGCCCGCCCCUGACCACUCCCCCGCUCUCACCCCUAAAACUAUUGUCCCUCUUUGCUGUGUAUGAUAUAAAAUAUAUCUGUAUUAUCCUGAGACUGCACAGCGUGGUUCAGUUUCUACAGUGCAUACCUCCCAUAUGGUCUAUUUUCAAGGGCCAGUCCCUAUUUUGGAACCAAAUCCCUUUCUCCCACUUUUCUAGGAGCUCCAUAUUGUUGGUGUGUCUGAGUGUAUAACAGAGCUCCACAGCUAUAAUACUCCCAGUAAUGUAUGUGAGUGUAUAACAGAGCUCCACAGCGAUAAUACUCCCAGUAAUGUGUCUGAGUGUAUAACCGAGCUCCACAGCAAUAAUACUCCCAGUAAUGUGCCUGAGUGUAUAAUACUGCUCCACAGCAACAAUACUCCCAGUAAUGUGUCUGCAUGUAUACCAGAGCUCCACAGCAAUAAUACUCCCAGUAAUGUGUCUGAGUGUAUAACAGAGCUUCACAGCAAUAAUACUCCCAGUAAUGUGUCUGAGUGUAUAACCGAGCUCCACAGCAAUAAUACUCCCAGUAAUGUGCCUGAGUGUAUAAUACUGCUCCACAGCAACAAUACUCCCAGUAAUGUGUCUGCAUGUAUACCAGAGCUCCACAGCAAUAAUACUCCCAGUAAUGUGUCUGCGUGUAUAACAGAGCUCCACAGCAAUAAUACUCCCAGUAAUGUCUGAGUGUAUAAUAGAGCUCCACAGCAAUAAUACUCCCAGUAAUGUGUCUGAGUGUAUAACAGAGCUCCACAGCAAUAAUACUCCCAGUAAUGUCGAUGACCAUUUUCUUUUUCCAGUCCAGUGCAUUGGGCAUGAAAAGUACAAGUGGCCAUCACUGCGCUCCUCAAAUGAAAUGGACGUUAGCUAUGAGAACAGAGCAUGACUCGGUCCUCAUAGAGGAAACACAUUUACUGCCUGUCAGGGUGACUAGAGGUGUAUUUAACCCUUAAAUGUAGGCAUUGCCGUAUUUACUAAAAGAAGACCACUGAACCCAGACCACGGACUGAUACUUUAAUGCCCACAUGGAUCUCUUCCUAUGGUGCGCCUGGGCAAAAACUGUCUGGGGAUUUAGCAAACCUCCAGGUACUGAUAUAUACAGUGCAUUGUUCUCAAACUUGGCAAAUCCUGAGACACUCAUUACCAUUACAAUGGGAGAAUCCAGAGUCUGAACGCAGGAUGGCACGGGCCGAUGGGUAUUUACCUUUAGAUGCCAUACAAUAUUUUUUCGAUCAGGGGUUAGAAGGACCUAAUUUAUGUCCGAACGUGACCGAAUCUGCUUGUAAUACACCAGGUUUAAUCACUAUAAAUGAUCUGCACAUUCCAUUGUUUUUCUCAUUACAUCAGAUGACAUUUUGUAAAAUGAAAUCUUUAGAGACCAUGAUUAUUCCUCUGUGAGAGCCUGCGUCUGCAUCCUGAUUAAAGUGCAAGAUCAUUAGGAAAUGGUUAAAUAAAAAACCUGCAUGGCGCAAACUGGGGGGGUUGGACGGAGGGUAACUCCUCUGCCCAUUCCUAGAACUCCGUUUAUAAUUUUUAUAAACAUGCAUGAUUAUACUAGUACAGCAAUCAUUGCGUUUCCAUAUACAGUAUAGGGAAAUGUACCUUUAUUGCUAUAUUUAUGGGAAUAUUUGGAUGCUUAAUUAAUUAAUUUAUUUUUCUUUCUUCUUCAGAGCUGUGGGGAAAACAUGUCUCCUGAUAAGUUAUACAACCAAUGCCUUCCCUGGAGAAUAUAUCCCAACUGUGUAAGUAAUAGCCUAGGUGUGUGUCUGCGGGGGGGGUGGGAAUAUACUGGCAAUUAAUGGGACCCUCCAACAUCACUACAAUGCACGUUCCCACAUGUUUACGGUGUCAGAAGGUCCCCUGCUCUGUAUUCUAGUCAUUGCUGGAACGUGUAAAUUUGUGAAGUGAUUCAUUUGGGAUUUAACCCCUUAAGGACCAAACUUCUGGAAUAAAAGGGAAUCAUGACAUGUCACACAUGUCAUGUGUCCUUAAGGGGUUAAAAGGAAAGACACUCCCUAGAAGAUUGUAAAUAUGAUUUUUGUUUUUGGAAACCUGCCCCAUAGUUCCGAUGUUUUAUAGGUUCGAUAAUUAUUCGGCUAAUGUGAUGGUGGAUGGGAAACCCGUGAAUUUGGGACUAUGGGACACGGCCGGCCAAGAGGAUUAUGACCGACUGCGACCCCUCUCCUACCCUCAGACAGUACGUCAUAUCUGGUUCUAUCUUUCAGCUCGGAAUUAAACAUUAAAACAGGACUGGAAUAGUAAACUUAGGAAGGUGAUAGCCAUACCUCUGCUGACCCCAUCUAUUGAAGAAAUACAUUUCUGAUGGUUGUUGCUCAGUCACAUUGUCACCAAUAGACAGAAAGUGGCUCCGAACCUUUUUUUGACCCAAUCACAUUUCAAUGAGAGAAACAGUUCCAAAGCACACUUGCAUUUUUUUUCUUGCUUGAGAGAUGUAAAUCCUUUUUAAUGAAUUGACAGAUGUGAAUCCUUGUAUUUAUUAAGAAACACACCUCACAGACCGCGUUCAAUCUAUACACAGCCUGUAUGUUUGUGGCACACAUAGGUUACCCAUCACCGGCAUGGGCAUUAGAUUCUUCGCAUUAUCCAUUGAGUUUGCAAGCUUUGGCCAAAAUAUUUUGCUAAUUUCUCUUGUUUAUCCCUUGUUUAGGUUUUUCAUAUAGCACUUUCCAUUUCUAUAAGGAUCAGUCAGACAAUUUGUGUGCCGUGGUUGAUGAAAACAGACUGUUUUACCCUAAAAGACCCUCUUCCGUUAAUUUGUGACUCUUUUUCUUUAGGAUGUCUUCCUGAUUUGCUUCUCCUUAGUCAGCCCAGCUUCAUUUGAAAACGUUAGAGCAAAGGUAAAGUCACCUCGAUUCACACUCAAUGCAGGAAAGUUACUGCAGGGUAACUGUAACAGGAACUAUAGAAUGACUGCAGAAAGUAUCACAGAGAUUUACUGUAUAUUAAAUGUAACAUUUAGAGAGAGAGACCCUGUUACCUUUACUCCAAUGGUGCCCUGUCUGCAGCUCUGAGGGUGUUACUGUAACCCCUACAAUGUUUGGCUAUUUUUGCCUCUGCCUUUUGCAGUAUGGAUUUUAAGUCUGUACGAUCUAGUGUUUAGUGAAUGCAUAAUGUCAGGGGAAUGCCGCCGCAUUCAUACCUGUCUUGAAGACGCCUGCCGAGUGCGCUCAUACCUGGGAGCAGACUGGAACAGCGGGAACAUCUCGGUCCAGGGGCAUUCCCACGUGGUAAUGGGAAUGCCGCCCAUCACUCACUCCCCGUGGUGGCUCCUCCUCUCACUGCGGCCGGGUCUGUAAUCAUUAGAGACGCCGGCCGCUGCAGCUUUCAUUGAAUUUAAGGGGUUUACUAGUUAGCCCUUAAAGUGCCAUUUCAUUAUAGACCUGUGAGUGUGCUACACACACACGCCCACGAACACAUGCUUCCCAUGCAGCCAAUCAGGGAGCACCUUAGACUAUAUAAAGCUGUUAUGUCCAUUUCUCUGUGCCCUGUUGUGGUUUCCAUUGUGGUUAUCCGAGAGUGCGUUUCUGGUAUUGAUUCUUGUGUAUUUGACCUUGGCUUUCCUUCUGACUAUCCAAUCUCUGUAUUCCUUGACCUUUGGCUUGGCUCCUGACUAUUCUAAAUUCUCCAUUCCUUGACUCGUGGCUUGUUCAUUGUUUCCGUGAUUCCUGCAUUCUUGUCAUUAUCCAGUCUUGUGGUUAUUUCCUUUAUACGUUAAAUCUGGCCAUUCUGAGGCCUUGUUAUACGUCUUAGGAUUUCCUUUAUAUUUACGUAAGUUCUGCGUGUUGGACAUCAGCUAUUCCUGACACAUACAUAAUACAAAUAAAUUCCCCACUAUUUAGUUCACAAAUCAAGUUAGAAAAAGUAACCAAUAGAUGGAAAAUAAGCAGGUUAUAUAUAAUUUUUUUUUAAAUAUAUAAUAUAGAAAUGUUGUUUUUUUUUAUUACUGCUCCUCUUUUUUUUUUUUACCACUUCUUUUUGAUAUGAGAAUAAAAUCAACAUUUAAUGGCUGCCCCCUAAGCUUCAAUCAUCUUUUUUCCAUCAAUCAAAUCUUUUUUUUGGUGCUCCGAAUGGAACUCCAAAUCUCAAAUCAAACUAACAUGUUCAUCCAGCAGAAUAGUCAUUUGCUUGGUUACAUAUCUGUUUGGUGCUUUAGAGACCAGGAAUUCAUCUGAACUGCUGAUUGGAUUAAAUUUAGAAGAAUGGCAAUGUGACCAAAAGUAAAUGCACAAGUCUAUUAACCAGUACUUGUUAACCCAUUUUAUCACUUUUGUCAGAUAGAUUGCUGUCAUGCACUGCUCUUGCAAGGGAGUCAUCUCUAGCUCCUCAAUGUGCUCCAUUCUUGACCUUGUUCCUGUUUCAUAUUAGAUUUUGUGUGCACUGCCCUGCUUGGCUGUGAAUUUUGUUUUUGAUUGAUGCUCGUCAUACCAUCUGGGACCAUAUGUUGAUUCAGAAAUACUUACCUUGGACCUUGGAACUUGGACCAUCCACUGACUCUGAACUGCAUGCUCUGCCCUAACUGCCUGUGUUAUCCACACACUAAUGCAUAUUUAAGACAAGGCCUUUUAUCUUUUAGAAAAAAAACUGUGUGUUAAGACUAGUAUUCUACUGUGGAGGUGCACAAACCAUACUCUCUUAGCAAUUUACCUCCCUGUCUGUGUCUUCUUUGGCCAAUGUUACACAUACACUAUUUUUCUCAUAUCUAAUAUAAAUAUGUUAUUUUGGUGAGUGUAUACGUUUCUAAUUUAAUUAUACGAAAAUGUUUUUAUCAGUACGGAUGUGCAAAUAUUUUGUCAUCUAUCUUGUCCAAGGUCAUUCAGUAAAUGUAUUCGCAAAUAUUCAACAUUCAUUAAGAAUUUGUCAGCUUUUUGUCCUAUACUAUUUAACAUUAUAGUGUAAGAUUAUAUUUGAGCCAGAGAGAUUUCAAAACAACACUAAAAAAUUGUGGUCAUGGUAAGUUUAAAAUCAAGGCCAUCACUUGGUCCUGAACUGAUUGGGAAAGCAUAAGGACUUGAUGACCAGAACCCAUGAUAGGAGGUUUUUAAGUCCAAAUAAUUAAUUAUGUAUGCAUGACGAUUUUAACCUCAUUCCUGCAGGAGCCGAGGACAAGGUUCAUGGAAACAGAUUUAAAUGAUCAUCAGGAAUAGAAUAGUCGCAUAGGUCCCACUUGUGAGAAGUAAGUGCUAAGUUACAGGGGUAAAUACUACCUUUGUGGGUGAAAGGAGAGGGUCAGCAACUUGAUUGUACUUUUGCUUUACAUAGCUGCUAUGUUGUAGGAUAUUCAUGUAACUUAUCUGUAUGUACAAAGUUUGUUUUUCUUUGGCAUGAUAAAAAGACACGCUUGAAAACAAGGAUUUAGGCACUUAUUUAUGAACACUGAAAUGUGAGUGGGUAAAGUAACUAUGUCCUAAGUCGGUCCAGACUCUACAUUUUCAUCAGCGUUUUCUAUCUGAUUUUUUCAGAUUGUAUAAAGUGUUGUUUAUAGAUCUAAAUUCAUAUCUAUUGUAAACUGGGUCAGAUGUAAUAUAUCUUGAGAGCGAUAGGGUAAAGCAUGCAAAUGAAUUCACGCUCACUUAUAGAUAAUACAACUGAAAUGUUAUUACUUCUGAGAAAACUGUAUCACAAUGAUCAAAAUGAUUAACCUUCACAGGAAACCCAUAUAUGCCAAGUUAGAAUGAUCAGAGUUACAAAAAACACUUCACAAAAAAAUAUAUAUUUUUGUGAUGACUUUUUGAAUACUUUUCUAAUGCUUUAUUGUAUUCAAUAAUGCAUUUAUAAGUAAAUAGCGAGUCUGUCAUAUCCUCUACAAAUACAUACAGUGACAUGCUGGUUUGAAUACCAAUGUUAAUAUUUAACAAACUGCUAAGAAACUGUAAACAUACAGAAAUAUAAGCAAUUCUAGUAGCAUAUAAAUAUAUAUGAUCAAUGGUUCACCUUUCAGCUCUCUUGUAAAUAAUUCAAAACUACUGCAUCAUAAAAAGCACUUACAUUACAUAUACAGGUAUUCCUAACUUUAGAAUGUUUUCUUAACAUGUAUUGCCCCUCUCCCCAACCCUCACAAUGGUUGUUAAAGAAGACUUACUUACAUUUGGAGAGCAAACAAUGGGUCGCAAGAGUAUUCUGAGAACGGACAGCAGCUAAAAUAGCCUGCCCUUCGGUGGGUCCCCGCUCAGAACUCAUGCUGGUUUUAGCUCAACUUGUGCCAUUACAGAGAGAACAUAUCUGAAGCAUAUCAGACUGGUCCCACCCAUGCGGGCAGUCCAGACCCGAAAUGCCAGCAAGUUCUCUCUGCACGAGAGAUACAGCAACCCCAGACGAUCGUUUCAGCCUUGUUAGGCAUCGUCAGUGAGGCAUAGCUGAUAUCUCUCUAGGCACCGUGAGCAAGGUGUCCACGUCUGGAUUACCCUUUAAACUAAUGGAGAGCAAAAAAUUGGUCGCAAAAGUAUUCUGAGAACAGACAGCAGCUAAAUAGCCUGCCCUUCGGUGGGUCCCUGCUCAGAACUCAAGCUGGUUUUAGCUCAACUUGUGCCAUUACAGAGAGAACAUAUCUAAAGCAUAUCAGACUGGUUCCACCCAUACGGGCAGUCCAGAUCCGAAAUGCCAGCAAGUUCUCUCUGCACGAGAGAUACAGCAACCCCAGACGAUCGUUUCAGCCUUGUUAGGCAUUGUCAGUGAGGCAUAGCUGAUAUCUCUCUAGGCACCGUGAGCAAGGGGUCCACGUCUGGAUUACCCUUUAGACUAAUGGAGAGAAAACAAUGGGUCGCAAGAGUAUUCUGAGAACGGACAGCAGCUAAAAUAGCCUGCCCUUCGGUGGGUCCCCGCUCAGAACUCAUGCUGGUUUUAGCUCAACUUGUGCCAUUACAGAGAGAACAUAUCUGAAGCAUAUCAAACUGGUCCCACCCAUACGGGCAGUCCAGACCCGAAAUGCCAGCAAGUUCUCUCUGCACGAGAGAUACAGCAACCCCAGACGAUCGUUUCAGCCUUGUUAGGCAUCGUCAGUGAGGCAUAGCUGAUAUCUCUCUAGGCACCGUGAGCAAGGGGUCCACGUCUAGAUUACCCUUUAGACUAAUGGAGAGCAAACAAUGGGUCGCAAGAGUAUUCUGAGAACGGACAGCAGCUAAAAUAGCCUGCCCUUCGGUGGGUCCCCGCUCAGAACUCAUGCUGGUUUUAGCUCAACUUGUGCCAUUACAGAGAGAACAUAUCUGAAGCAUAUCAGAUUGGUCCCACCCAUACGGGCAGUCCAGACCCGAAAUGCCAGCAAGUUCUCUCUGCACGAGAGAUACAGCAACCCCAGACGAUCGUUUCAGCCUUGUUAGGCAUCGUCAGUGAGGCAUAGCUGAUAUCUCUCUAGGCACCGUGAGCAAGGGGUCCACGUCUGGAUUACCCUUUAAACUAAUGGAGAGCAAGAAAUGGGUCGCAAGAGUAUUCUGAGGAUGGACAGCAGCUAAAAUAGCCUGCCCUUCGGUGGGUCCCCGCUCAGAACUCAAGCUGGGCAAGAGAGAUAUCGGUGCCUAGAGAGAUAUCAGCUAUGCUCUCACUGACGCAUGCUCAACAAGGCUGAAACGAUCGCCUGGGUUGCUGCAUCUCUCGCGGCAGAGAGAAUCCCAUGGCAUUUCGGUCUGACUGCCCGUAUGGGUGGGACCAGUCUGAUAUGCUUCAGAUAUGUUCUCUCUGUAAUGGCACAAGUUACUAAAACCAGCACAUGAGUUCUUGGAGCGGGACCCAAUGGCAGCAGGCUAUUUUAGCUGCUGUCCCGUUUUCAGAAUACUCAUGCACCCAUUGUUUGCUCUCCAUUAGUUUAAAGGGUAAUCCAGACGUGGACCCCUUGCUCACGGUGCCUAGAGAGAUAUCAGUUAUGCCUCACUGACGAUGCCUAACAAGGCUGAAACGAUCGUCUGGGGUUGCUGUAUCUCUCGUGCAGAGAGAACUUGCUGGCAUUUCGGGUCUGGACUGCCCGUAUGGGUUGGACCAGUCUGAUAUGCUUCAGAUAUGUUCUCUCUGUAAUGGCACAAGUUGAGCUAAAACCAGCAUGAGUUCUGAGCGGGGACCCACCGAAGGGCAGGCUAUUUUAGCUGCUGUCCGUUCUCAGAAUACUCUUGCGACCCAUUGUUUGCUCUCCAUUAGUCUAAAGGGUAAUCCAGACGUGGACCCCUUGCUCACGGUGCCUAGAGAGAUAUCAGCUAUGCCUCACUGACGAUGCCUAACAAGGCUGAAACGAUCGUCUGGGGUUGCUGUAUCUCUCGUGCAGAGAGAACUUGCUGGCAUUUCGGGUCUGGACUGCCCGUAUGGGUGGGACCAGUCUGAUAUGCUUCAGAUAUGUUCUCUCUGUAAUGGCACAAGAUGAGCUAAAACCAGCAUGAGUUCUGAGCGGGACCCACCGAAGGGCAGGCUAUUUUAGCUGCUGUCCGUUCUCAGAAUACUCUUGCGACCCAUUUUUUGCUCUCCAUUAGUUUAAAGGGUAAUCCAGACGUGGACCCCUUGCUCACGGUGCCUAGAGAGAUAUCAGCUAUGCCUCACUGACGAUGCCUAACAAGGCUGAAACGAUCGUCUGGGGUUGCUGUAUCUCUCGUGCAGAGAGAACUUGCUGGCAUUUCGGUCUGGACUGCCCGUAUGGGUGGGACCAGUCUGAUAUGCUUCAGAUAUGUUCUCUCUGUAAUGGCACAAGUUGAGCUAAAACCAGCAUGAGUUCUGAGCGGGGACCCACCGAAGGGCAGGCUAUUUUAGCUGCUGUCCAUUCUCAGAAUACUCUUGCGACCCAUUGUUUGCUCUCAGGUAAUAAACAUGCUUCCAUUAUUUUCAAUGGAGUUAAACAUAGUUCAUAAACCUCUUGCCAGCAGGGAUAUUUCGGACAAGUAGUUCUGCACUUGGUUGCAUUUAUCAUGCUAUCAUCUAACUAGCAUAACUAUCUUCCCAUUCACCCCAACCCCCAACCAUUCCAUCCAUCCACUCACCCAUCAUUCCACCCAUCUACUUAACCACCCACCAACCUCCUUACCCAACAACCCACUCUUCCAUCCAUCCAUCUAUCAAUCCACCCACCCACCCACUCAUCUACCUAUCCAUUCAUCCUUCCGUCCACCCAUCUACUCAACCACCCACAGCCUUCCUAACCAACAAAUCACUCUUCCAUCCAUCCAUCCAUCCAUUUAUCCACCUUUCUGUUCAUCCUGCUGCCUAACUAUCUGUCUAUCCAUCCAUCUAUCUAUCUAUCUAUCUAUCUAUCUAUCAAGAUGGACACUGUGAAACCUGGGUUUAGAUCCUUAUUUUUUCUCUUUUGACACAGGAUGAUAGUAAAUGUAUUUAAAAAUAUGUAUUUAUAAUAAUAAUAAUAAUAUAUAUAUAUAUAUAUAUAUAUAUAUAAACUUUUUUUAAAUCAUGACUGUUAAUACAUAGGCAUUUAAUUUUUUUAUUUCGAACUCUUUUAUUGUCUCUUUUAAUACAACACAUAUAAAAUAUAGAAUUGUUAAAACAGAAUGAUAUGAUUGACAACACACUUAAGAGGUUAGUUGAUGUGAAAUUUAUGUGUAAAGAAUAUAAAAGACUAUUUGCUUGUAUUUAAUUGAUAAUCUGUAGUGAACUCAAAGCUGCUGUUGCCAAUUUAAUGCCUUGUGGAGAUGAUGCUGUAAGACAAGGACUUUUUUUAUAUCUUAAUUAACAUGCCAACUGUACUUGUCACCUCCUUUUUAAAGUAUCUCUUGGAUAAGCUGGAAUGCGGGCAAUGUGCCAGGGAGGCAGGUGCUUAA